GCAGCAAACUGAUUUUGAGCUAAAAUUAAAGGAAUUAAUUUGAUACCUGCAUAUUAGGCAUAUAUAGGACGUGGACUAAAUAAUUGGAAUGAAUCAAAGUUAAAAUAAAAUUGUAAUUCCUAAGUAGGCGCCUGAACCAAAAAUCACACAUUUUAAAGCCUUAGAAUUAGUUUGGUUUCACUCCUAUGACUUGGAGGUAGAAAUUACUCUACAAUUGUAUAUUUCGAGAUAAGCUGCUUAAAAAUGUCAUCGUACAUUUCGCGUUUACUGAAGACUCCGGCCGCCUCCAAGCGCCUCAUCUCCAAUCUGACACAGCGCGAUGGCAAGCUGAAUUCUUUGUUGCGUCGCUUAGGAUUGCAAGGGAAGGGGGGAAACGCGGCUGCUCCCGGACCGCGGCCCAUAUCCACAACUCAGGUGCAGAAAUCAGCGCUGAUUGAGGACGAAGAACUAGUCACCGGUAUUCAAAAGAGAGAAAUGCUGUUGGCCAAGCAGGGCUGUGAGGAUCCGUGGGGAUUUACCAAAAUCAUUAGGCGCGGAACAGGAAGGGAGAACGACCCAACAGAGGUGCCAUCUGCCUUUGAUGCCCGUAUAAUUGGCUGCUUGUGCCUGGACGACCGUAUGCCCAAGUGGAUGUGGCUCGAAAAGGACGAGGGACCAAAGCGGUGCGAGUGCGGCCACUUUUUCGUGCUAAAGAAGGUGCCACACAUCUAGAUUAAUCACAGAGCGCUGUACAUGACACUAAGCACACUCCAAAAGAUGCUAACCGGGCAUUAAACAUUGCAUGAUAUUAUCAAAA